UUUUAAAAAUUUUUUUUGUAGAGUUGGGGUCUUGCUAUGUUGCCCAGGCUAGUCUUGAACUCCUGGUCUCAAGUGGUCCUCCCACCUCAGACUCCCAAACUGCUGGGAUUACAGAUGUGAGCCACCAUGCCCGGCCUGGAGCAUUUUGAAAGUUUAGAUUGGAGAGGCAGGCAAGGUUCAAUUGCUUGAUCUUGGGAGGUGGAGCUGAGAUUGUGCCACUACACUCCAGCCUAGGUGACAAAGCAAGAACUUGUCUCAAAAAAAUAACAAAACAGUGAGGACACAUGGACACAGGGAGGGGAACAUCACACACUGGGGCCUCCUGUCAGGGUGGGGGGCUAGGGAAGGAUAGAGAAAUACCUAAUGUAGAUGACAGGUUGAUAGGUGCAGCAGACCACCAUGGCACGUGUAUACCUAUGUAACAAACCUGCAUGUCCUGCACUUGUACUCCAGAACUUAAAGUAUAAUAGUUUAAAAAAGAAAGAAGGAAGGAAGGAAGGGAGAGAGGGAGGGAGGAAAGAAAUGUAACAAGCAAGGGCUGAGGCAGGAACACAGAGUGUAUUGACUUUUAUGUUUGUACAAUGCUUUAUUGCACACAUAAUGCACCAGCAUACCAUCUCAUUUGAUCCCCAACAUCAGCUAUCCUGUUUGAUCUUGCAGGAUGAACAGGACAGGUAUUACUCUUGCCUUACAGUGAGAAAACAAAGAAGUUUUGUUAUUUGUUCAAUUUCACUGCUACUUACUAUGAAGUUCAGACUUGAACAUUGAUUUUUUUUUUUGAGACAGAGUCUUGCUCUGUCACCAGGCUGGAGUGCAGUGGCGCAAUCUCGGCUCACUGCAACCUCCGCCUCCUGGGUUCAAGCGAUUCUUCUGCGUCAGCCUCCCGAGUAGCUGAGACUACAGGCAUGUGCCACCACACCCGGCUAAUUUUUGUAUUUUUAGUAGAGAUGGGGUUUCAUCGUGGCCAGGAUGAUCUCGAUCUCUUGACCUCGUGAUCUGCCCACCUCAGCCUCCCAAAGUGCUGGGAUUACAGGCGUGAGCCACCGCACCUAGCCAGAUGUUUUAACACAAAGCCUGGUACAGUAACUAGAUUCCCUUCCUCCUCCUUCUUUCUUAAGGAGGAACAUAUGGUGAGAUGUGUGUCUAGAGCUUGUGAUCUGGGCCAACCUGGAAGGCCUUAAGUUCCAGGCUCAGGAGACUGGAUUUCCAGCUGCUGAGGACCUAUAGGAGGGUUGGUUGGUUGUUUGGAAGCUUUUAAAUAAAGGAUAAAUAUUAAUGAUAUUUGUGAACUAUGGCAUACAUUUAGUUGCAUAUUAAUAUUUACUUAAACAGGCCAGGUGCAGUGCUCACACCUGUAAUCCCAGCACUUUGGGAGGCCGAGGCAGGUGGACUGCCUGAGCUCAAGAGUUUGUGGCCAGCCUGGGCAGCAUGGCAAAACCCUGUCUCAACCAAAACUACAAAAAAUUAGCCAGGCAUGCUAAUGCAUGCCUGUGGUCCCAGCUACUCGUUGGGAGGCUGAGGUGGGAGGAUCACUUGAGCCUGGGAGGCAGAGGUUGCAGUGACCAAGAUCAUGCCACUGCACUAACGUGGGUGACAGAGUGAGACCCUGUCUCAAAAAUAAAUAAAUAAUAAAAUAGACGUACAGAAAAUAAAUUUAAGAACCAGAAACCAAAGAAGUCAUCUCCAAUGGACUCAGGGUUGUUCAUCAAACAAACUGUGAAGCAGCGCUGUAUUCCAGGCAUCAUGCUACUUGUUAAGAACGCAGGUGACUGAGAUGCAGGCCAUUGUCAGCAUAAAAUGAGACCAUGUAAGCAGCUGGAGCCGGCUCAAAGUUUAUUAUUGCCAUCCUGAAUCACAAAAGACAUAUUUGAGCUCAAGAAGCCUUUGAUGGCAUCACAUGAAAACUGCAAAUGCCAAGUUUCAUUAUGGAGGAGGCGCCUGGGUUGAAGACCCUGUAGCAGCCCAUCAGCCGUUCCUAUGGGAUCCUCCUGGGGCAGAGGUGCAGCUGCUUUUGGCAGACUGGACCUCAAGGAUACCUCCUUAGACAAGGCUCUCACUUGUACAUGAAUAGUUAUAAUACAGUAAGGCAGCAUCUGAGAAAAGUAGGAUCAUCUGGCGUUUCCUAACACUGUGUCCCAGGAAGAUCCAGAUAAUCUGGAAAUACAGGACAGGUCUGGCCCUAUCCCUGCCUUGGCCAGUCAUGGUUACUGAUGGGAAUCUGGGUAUCCCUUGGAUGUGUCAAGAGAAGGGAGAAGAUUGAGAACCACAGGACUAGAUUAUCCAUAUAUUGUUUGAUCAAAGAAGGGAAUUGAGCCAUUAGAUCUGGCGCUAUAGAAUAGGAAUUAGAUUUGUUCUGCAUGGCCCUAUGGUUUAAAACUAGGAGAGAUAUUAUCAAAAAACCUUCUAACUGCCAGGACUGGACUUUAAAAAUAACUGUUGCCGGGUGCAGUGGCUCAUGCCUGUAAUCCCAGCACUCUGGGAGGCUGAGGUGGGCAGAUUACAAGGUCAGGAGAUUGAGACCAUCCUGGCUAAGAUGGUGAAACCCCGUCUCUACUAAAAAUACAAUUAGCUGGGCACGGUGGCAUGCGCCUAUAGUUCCAGCUACUUGGGAGGCUGAGGCAGGAGAAUGGCUUGAACCCAGGAGGUGGAGGUUGCAGUGAGCCAAGAUCACACUGCACUCCAGCCUGGGCGACAGAGUGAGACUCCAUCUCAAAAAUAAGCAAAUAAAUAAAGAACUGUCUUGAGUGGCAGUGAGUUCCCCAACACGGGACAUGUACAUUAAUAGAUGGUGGAGAUAAUGUGGAAGAGAUUCAAAUACUGGCACAGUAUUUGGACUAAAUGGCUUUUUUGGAUACAAGACAGAAUCCUAUUUAUUGGGUUAUGGCAGUAGGUCUCCUUGACUGCUGAAGUCAGGAACAAAGCUUUCAGAGACUGAGGUGAUCUGAGAAAGAUGUUAAAUUACUUCAUUCCUCAAUAUAUUGAAUCCCUCUUGUGCAGGGCACUGGGUAUUACAGUGGUAGAUGGACAAGAUUUCUAUCUUAAAGGAAGUAGAGAACAGAAAUACAGUUUAAGGAGAGGGAAGGGAGGCAGGGUAGGUGUUAAUUUAAAACUUCCUACUGGUGGGGCAUGGUGGCUGUCGCCUAUAAUUCCAGCACUUUGGGAGGCCGAGGUGAGAGGCUCACCUGAGGUCAGGAGUUCGAGAUCAGCGUGGCCAACAUGGUGAAACUCAAUCUCUAUUAAAAAUACAAAAAUUAGUGAGGUAUGUCAGGUGUGGUGGCUCACACCUGUAAUCCCAGCACUUUGGGAGGCCAAGAUGGGUGGAUCACAUAGGUUAGGAGUUCAAGACCAGCCUGGUCAAAAUGGUGGAAUCCAAUCUCUACUAAAAACAUAAAAUUAGCCAAGUGUGGUGGCACAGACCUGUAAUAAUAGCUACUUGGCAGACUAAGGCAGGAGAAUUGCUUGAACCCGGGAGGUGGAAGUUGCAGUGAGCCAUGAUUGCCCCACUGCACCCCAGCCUGGGCAAUAGGAGUGAAACUACAUCUCAAAAAUAAAAAUAAAAAAAUUAGCCGGUGUGGUGGCACACGCCUGUAGUCCCAGCUACUUGGGAAGCUGAGGCAGGAGAAUCGCUUGAACCUGGGAGGCAGAGGCUACAGUGAGCCUAGAUCAUGCCACUGCACCCCAGCCUGGGUGACAGAGUGAAACUUGGUCUCAAAAAAAAACCCAGAAAAACAACAAAAAAAAAUUCCUGCUCUAUGUGAGGAAUAGCUAGAUGCUUGCUUUUUUUUUUUUGAUAUAGAAUAUUGCUUUGUCUCCCAACUGGAGUGCAAUGGCCCGAUCUCGGCUCACUGCAACUUCUGCCUCCCAGGAUCAAGCAAUUCUCCUGCCUCAGUCUCCCUUGUAGCUGGGAUUACAGGCAUCCACCACCAUGGCCAGCUAAUUUUUGUAUUUUAAGUAGAGAUGGGAUUCAGCCAUGUUGGUCAGGCUGAUCUCAAAUUCCUUACCUUAGGUGAUCCACCUGCCUUGCCCUCCCAAAGUGCUGGGAUUACAGGCAUGAGCCACAGCGCCUGGCCAAGAUGCUUUAUUUUUUUUGAGACAAGGUCUCACUUUGUUGCGGAGGCUGGAGUACAGUGGUACCAUCGUGGCUUACUGCAGCCUUGACCUCUUGGACUCAAGUCAUCCUCCUGCUUCAGCCUCCCAAGUAGCUGAGACUACACUGUUACCAUGCCUGGCAAGUUUAUUUUUUGUAGCUAUCGGGGGGUAGCCUCAUUCUUGUUUAGGCUGGUCUUGAACUCCUGGAGGCUCAAGUGAUCCUCCCACCAAGGCCUCCCAAAGUGCUUAGAUUACAGGUGUGAGCCACUGUACCUGACUUAUGUAUUCUUUCAACAAUGCUGCACAGUUGCAAUUACCCCACUUUAAGAGAGGAGACAGGAUGAGAGGCUGAGUGACUUGCUAGGCUUGUAUGGACAAGAUGCGGGUUCUGCAAUCAAAUUACUUUGUAUGAGAGGGCUAAACAUAGUUUCCUCUUGUGUAAAAUGGGCAUGAUGAUAGUAUCCAUCUUGAGGACUGUGUGGGCUGAGAUAAUCUUACAAAGUGCUCAUGAUCACCACUACGAAGGUUGCACAAGUAGUGAGUGGCCGAGCUCGAAUCUGAAGUUAGGACCCUGCAGUUUCGCCCCUCUCUUCUCCCUCUCCUUCCCCGCUCCCGGCAAAGGAAAAGUUACAGCUCCGGGCCAGGGAUUGGGGGAUCUCGGUGCAGCGCUCCGGGGCCGAGCGAGCCCCGCCCGCCUUUUCCGGUCCCGCCCACCCGCUGGCCGGACGUCCGCUCCGCGUGCGCGCGCCCCCGAGGUCCCGCCUCGCGCGCUGAGCCACCCUGUAAGCGCCGCGGAGAUUGGGCUAGAGGCGGCCGCCUAGGACCGGUCCGAGGCGCUGGGCAGGUCCUUCUGGUGCUCCUCUGGGGGACCGCCCCCAUCGGCCACGCUUGCCUUUCUCUCUAGUGAUCCCUCGGCUCCUGGCUCCGCAGUCUCGGGACACCUCUUUCCUGGGAAGAUGUUCUUGGUGGGCCUGACUGGGGGCAUUGCCUCCGGCAAGAGCUCAGUGAUCCAGGUGUUCCAGCAGCUGGGCUGUGCAGUGAUUGACGUGGACGUCAUGGCCCGGCACGUCGUGCAGCCAGGAUACCCUGCCCACCGGCGCAUCGUAGAGGUCUUUGGCACUGAGGUCUUGCUGGAGAAUGGCGACAUCAAUCGCAAGGUCCUGGGGGACCUGAUCUUUAACCAGCCAGACCGUCGGCAGCUGCUCAAUGCCAUCACCCACCCUGAGAUCCGCAAGGAGAUGAUGAAGGAGACCUUCAAGUACUUCCUCCGGGGAUACCGCUACGUGAUUCUGGAUAUCCCCCUGCUGUUUGAGACCAAGAAAUUGCUGAAGUACAUGAAGCACACCGUGGUAGUAUACUGCGACCGGGACACACAGCUGGUGCGGCUGAUGCGGCGGAACCGCCUGAACCGCAAGGAUGCAGAGGCUCGCAUCAAUGCCCAGCUGCCCCUGACAGAGAAGGCCCACAUGGCCCGCCAUGUCCUAGACAACUCGGACGAGUGGAGCGUCACCAAACUCCAGGUCAUCCUCUUGCACGCCGAGCUGGAGCGCUCCCUGGAGUACCUGCCGCUGAGGCUGGGGGUCCUCACAGGGCUGGCUGGCAUUGCCAUCCUCCUCUACCUACUCACCCACUACCUUCUGCCUUACGCCUAGCAGGGCACUCAAGGCAGGGAGCCCAGGCCUCCAUCUGUCUCCUUGGAGGCGGAAGCCAGGUAACACUCCCUGUUUCCUCCCAGCCCCCUCUACACACACACACACACACACACACACACAAAUGCUCUGAAUUGGGGCUGGGUCCCUGUGCCAGGCCAUCCCUUCUUUGGAGUACGUCCUGUCUGAGGCCAAGAAACAGCCUGCUGUCCUUCCCACCUUCCCCAAGCACCACCUGCAGAACAGCAAUCCUGACAGUGUGUGAAAGCAAGAGACUGCCAUACAUUUCUGUGGGUGGGUCUAGGGAACACUGUCUCUGCGGCCCUCCCCAUCACUGGAAAGCCAAGGGUUCACUGGGCUUGAACCCCCUCUAAGCACCAGCCCCGUCAUGGCCUAAACCUCAGUGGACCAUGAGAAAUCCCAUUGGACCAAGGGUUUCCACAUUCAGUCAGUAAGACCCUCCCCUAGGCUGAGACCUGGCCAGCAUGCAGUGAGGGUUCUCUUGUGGAUAACGCUGUGGCCAAGCAGGGCCAGGCCUCUUCUGGAGACCCCCCACCUCCCCAUGUGGGGUUUGUGCAGUGCUCCCACAUCGCGCUCAUGCCUCCCACCCCUGCUGUCACCUGGACCUCUCAGUUCUCCAAGUGCACCAUGCUUGCUGUUUCUUGGCUCUGUGCCUUCAACCUGCUGCUCCUGGCCUGGGAUACCUUUUAUUUUUUCUUUUUUUUUUUUUAAACCUACAACCAGCUCUCAGUUCAGACACUGUCUGAAGCCCCAGGCUAGGUUAGGUGGUCUAGGAUACCAACUCCCCCUCAACAUUUCACCUUAAUCUGACAGUACAGUAAUUAGCCAAAAGCUGCCUGUUUUUUCCUACUAGAUUGUAAGCCCUCUGGGGACAGAGAUAGUGUCUUAUUCAUUCUGUGUUCUUAGCGCAGAGCCUGGUUUGCUGUUGGUGCUUAAUAAAGUGUGUUGAUCUGAAAUGCCCCAGACCAACCAAA